AUGCCUGACGAACCGAAACACUACACCCCAAUUUCUGAAAUGAUGACGCGUAAACCAGUCUCUGCGCCUGUCGAGUACGGCUCCGGGAACGAUUUCUGGGUCGAAUACUCCUCUGGACUCGUUGAUCUGUCGCGUACGGACCAUCUACCGGCAGAUGGUGGUCUAUGCCACAGUCAGCCUGAGCUCAAGGAACACCAGGCGGAUAUCGACGUCGACGUCGGGCGCACGAUUCGGGUCGAUAAGACUAGGACGGCGCUUAUAGUCAUCGACAUGCAGAAUUUCUUCCUUCAUCCGGACAUUCGAGCGCAUCCUCUAGGUUUGAAGUGCGUCGAGCCGCUAUUGCAAGUCAUCCCACUCCUUCGUGCGAUGGGAAGCAAGAUCCUUUGGGUGAACUGGGGUUUAACAGAGCACGAGCUCAAGACAACCCCGCCGUCCCUCAUCCGUGGGUUCAGAAAGCACAAUGGAGGCGGUUUCGGGUCCGAGCUUCCAGGAGACUUUGGUCGCCUUCUGAUGCGCGAUGAGUACAACUCUGCACUGUACGGUCCUCUCCAGGCCGAAUUCGAGAAGGGUAGACAGGCAGGAACCGAUUUCUGGAUUCACAAGAACCGCAUGAGCGGUUUAUGGGGAUAUCAGACUGCGCUCGACCUGUUCCUGAAAGAAAACGGGAUCACGACUCUGCUCUUCUCGGGAGUCAACACUGACCAGUGCGUUCUUGGUACUCUGGUAGACGCGUACUUUCGGGGAUACGAUUGCAUCGUUCUCAGCGACGCAACGGCAACAACGUCACCCGACGGCGCAUAUGAGAAUGUUAUCUAUAAUGCCGGAGGCAGCUAUGGCUUCGUGACGGAUACAAAGCGAUUGAUCGCUGCGGCGAAGGUACGCUAG